AUGGCCAACGAUUCCUUGGUUACAGCUCGUGUCAUAGGAGAUGUCCUGGACCCCUUCUACAGCUCCAUUGAUCUGAUGGUGCUCUUCAAUGGUAUGCCCAUUGUCAGCGGCAUGGAGUUGCGUGCUCCGACGGUCUCUGAGAGGCCAAGGGUUGAGAUCGGAGGAGAUGACUAUCGUGUUGCUUAUACCCUGGUGAUGGUUGAUCCUGAUGCUCCAAACCCAAGCAACCCAACCCUAAGGGAGUACCUGCACUGGAUGGUCACUGACAUUCCAGCGUCAACUGAUGACACCUACGGGCGGGAGGUGAUGUGCUACGAGGCCCCAAACCCGACGACGGGGAUCCACCGCAUGGUGCUGGUGCUGUUCCGGCAGCUGGGGCGGGAGACGGUGUACGCGCCGUCCUGGCGCCACAACUUCAGCACGCGCGGCUUCGCCCGCCGCUACAACCUCGGCGCGCCCGUCGCCGCCAUGUACUUCAACUGCCAGCGCCAGAACGGCUCCGGCGGACGGAGGUUCACCGGGGCCUACACCGGCGGCAGACAUGAGGAUGGUUCUAAUAAUUUUGAUGAUGAGGAUUCCGAGGACUCUGACCAAGAGGACGAAGACGAUGGCGGCUUGAGCAACGUCCGCUGGAGGAUCCUGCUAGCGAGGGAUGACAUGAAUGACCUCUUCGAGCACAACUACAAGGACAUGAAGCGCUGA